GUUGCAUUCUUUGGGAACUCAAUAUGAUUGUGGUGACUGAAGUGGUUAAUCUUACCGGAAGUUUGCAAUUAUAUAUGGUUACAGGGAUUACUGCAGCAUCAGGGAUAGCAGCAGAGUUGGGGAUUCCACUAACACAUCGCGGUGUUGCAACUAGUGUGAGGUUCCUCACGGGACAUUCUAGGGAAGGAGGGACCGACCCUUUGUUUGUUGCAGAGAAUGCAGCUGACCCGGAUACAACACUUGUCGUUUAUAUGGGUUUGGGAACGUUACCUUCUCUAGCGCAAAAACUGAUGGACCAUGGUCUCCCUUGUGAUACACCAGCUGUUGCGGUUGAACGUGGAACCACUCCUCUACAGCGUACGGUUUUUGCUGAGCUUAAAGAUUUUGCAACUGAGAUUCAGUCAGCUGGAUUGGUGUCACCAGCGCUCGUCAUCAUAGGGAAAGUCGUCGAGCUCUCGCCUUUAUGGCCACAUUGCACGAAAGAAUCAUCCUGCCUUGUAGAGACCCGUUAGAUGCUUUCAUCGAUAUUACUGUGAAAUUUUAGGAGCUAUGAAGAUUCAGAGAUGUAAUAAACAAAAGGAAGGCUGAUAUUUUCUUA